AUGCUGAUUGGUGCUGAAUUCUAUCAUACUCUACUUCAACCAGAACAAUUGAUAAUAGGAAAGAAUUCGCCACUGUUACAAAAUUCGGUUCUAGGUUGGUUGGUGGUUGGUAAGACUAAAACUACAACAGAUAUUAAACCAACAUGCGCUAUUACUACAGGAGAAGUUGGUGAAAUGUCAGGAAUGAUAGAACGAUUUUGGAAGUUAGAUAACCUUGAGACUGCAGAAAGGGUUUUGACUUUAUCUGAGAAAUGGUGUGAAAAUCACUUUACAAAUCAUGUAAAGACAAAUCACGAUGGUCGUUUCAUUGUACGCUUACCUUUCCGCGAUGAUCCCACAACAUUUGGUAGAUCGCGUGAGAUAGCAUUCAAUCAAUUUUGUUCUCUGGAAAGGAAGUUACAAAGGGACCCAAAUUUAUACAAGGAGUACAUAAAGUUCAUGGAUGACUACGAGUCAUUAGGUCACAUGGAAAAAGUUUGCCCGGAAGAUGUCAAAGGAGCACAAUAUUUCAUUCCUCAUCAUUGUGUCUUGAAACCUGACAGCACUACAACCAAAUUGAGAGUUGUCUUUGAUGCAUCAGCAAAAACAUCAAGCGGUUUAGCACUAAACGAUAUUUUGCACAAAGGUCCAACAGUGCAAAGUGAUCUUUUUUCAAUACUGUUGCGUUUUAGAAUAUACCGGUUUGUAUUUACGGCUGAUAUUGAGAAAAUGUACCGGCAAAUUCAAGUACAUGAUGAAGAUACAGCACAGAAGCUGAUAAUCUGGAGAAAAAGUGCUGAUGAUAGUAUACAAUAUUACCGACUGAAAACGGUUACAUAUGGAACGAAGUCAGCCCCUUAUCUUGCAACAAAAUGUCUUCAACACCUUGCGAAACAUAAUAUGACCAACUAUCGGCUUGGAGCACCUGCAUUACUUAAUGAUUUUUAUGUAGAUGACUGUUUAAGCGGAACUAACAGCAUCAUUACCGCCUUAGACACUCAACAACAACUUACGGAACUGCUCAGUAAAUCAGGAUUUAAGCUGAGAAAAUGGUGCUCAAAUAAUACACGACUCCUACAAAACAUUCCGAUAGAAGACCAAGAAAUCAACCUUGAUUUAGAUGACUCAGCCAUAAAGCCAACAAAAACAUUAGGCAUUAUUUGGCUCCCGAAAUCAGACGAAUUUUGCGGUAAGGCAGAGAUGUCAUCAGAGCAACCUAUCACGAAGCGGAUUAUGGCAUCGGACUUAGCUCGAAUUUUUGAUCCUUUGGGAAUUUUUGGCCCCAUUACUGUAACAGCUAAAAUAUUCAUGCAGGAAUUGUGGCAACAAAACUAUUCCUGGGAUGCGGAACUGUUACCUCAGGCUCAGCUAGAAUGGAAGCGUUUUAGAAAUGACUUACAAACAUUAAAUACUGUGAAAGUACCCAGACAUAUUUUUAAUUCGACGGUUCCCUGUUCGAUUCAAUUACACGUGUUUACGGAUGCAUCAGAGAAGGCAUAUGGAGCAGCUAUGUACGUGCGAGCAAUAUAUAAUGAUAAGACAAUAACAUCGAGACUAUUGUGCGCCAAAUCUAGAAUAGCACCAUUAAAGAAACAGACACUUCCACGACUAGAACUCUGCGCAGCAUUGCUGGGAGUCGAAUUAGCAGAAAGAGUUAAACAAGAUUUAAAGUAUCAAAACGUGCCAACCUACUUUUGGUCCGAUUCCGAAAUUGUUUUGUCAUGGAUAAUAUCUUCAUCUGCCUCAUUGCACACAUUCGUGGCAAAUCGUAUUAGCAAAAUUCAAGAGAUGUCACAUGCUGAUCAAUGGCAUCAUGUGGCGUCAAAGGAUAAUCCUGCUGACAUCAUUUCCAGAGGAAUAAAAGUUAAAAUCAACGAAUUUUGGCAACAGCCAAACCCAAAGGCAUUUAACAUCUCAACUGAUAUCGAAAGACGACAAGGACAUACAGUUAACAUUAUCAUUCAAACGACUAGUUCUGAUCACAUGAUAAAUCAAAUUGAUCAUCGAAACUCAUUCAGAUACCUCCAAAGAACAAUUGCUUAUGUUCGCCGUGUAUUUCAUCGCACACAAUCACCAACAAGAACACUUUCUCCAAAAGAAUCACGAGAUGCAUUAUUCUUCAUAAUUAAAACUAUUCAGGGCUCAGAAUUUGCAAAAGAAAUCUCUGAUUUAAAACAAUGUAAAGCAGUCAACAGUUCGAGUCAACUAAAUACUUUAGCACCGUUCAUUGACGAACAAGGUGUACUUCGUGUUGGAGGAAGGCUUGAAGCAUCAACAUUGCCAUAUGAUGCUAAACACCCAAUGGUAAUUCCUUACAAUCACUCAAUAGUAAAAUUGAUGUUCAAAAUGAAACAUGAAGAAAAUUCCCAUUGUGCUCCACAAUUAUUGCUAAGCAUAAUGAGACAAAACUUCUGGCCGAUUAAAGGAAAGAUUAUGGCGCGAAACAUUGUUCACAGCUGUGUCAUCUGUUCAAAGGCAAAACCAAAACUGAUGGACCAACUCAUGGGCAACUUACCGACUGAUCGAGUUACUCUGACUAAACCAUUUUUUACCACAGGAGUUGAUUACUGUGGUCCGAUAUGGAUUCAUUAUAAAAUUAGAGGAAAAAGGCCAACAAAGGCAUAUUUAGCAGUAUUUUGCUGUUUCGCAACUAAGGCUGUUCACCUAGAAGUGGUGAGUGACCUGACAACAGAGGCAUUCAUAGCCGCUAUUCAACAUUUUAUCAGCAGAAGAGGAAGAUGCCAAACAAUUUAUAGUGACAAUGCGACUAACUUUGUUGGGGCGAGAAACCAACUACAAGAGCUCCAGUCUACCAUUUAUUCAGAAAAUGGUAAAGAAAAGAUCAUUAAGACCAGUAGUAACAAGGGAAUUGACUUCAAAUUCAUUCCACCAAGAGCUCCUCAUUUUGGAGGACUCUGGGAAGCUGCCGUCAAGUCAGCUAAACAUUUAAUGAUUAAAGGAAUUUUCAGCGCUUCAUUGACUUAUGAAGAAUUGACAACAGUCAUAACUGAAAUAGAAGCCAUGUUAAAUUCAAGGCCAAUAACAAAAAUGUCAUCCGAUCCAAAUGAUCUAACAGCGCUUACACCAGGACACUUUCUCAUAGGCGAACCACCUACCACUAAUGUAGAUCCUUAUCAAAAGGAGAGCCGAAUGAGUUUAUCAUCACGAUGGCGUUUAGUUUCUGAACUCAAACAAGAAUUCUGGAGAAGAUGGUCAAAGGAAUAUCUCAAUGAACUCCAAUCAAGGUACAAAUGGAAACAACAAAAGGCAAAUCUAUGCCAAGGUGAUUUAGUCAUUAUUAAAGAUGAUAAUCUACCCAUGUACAAAUGGCCUCUUGGCAGGGUGCAACAGGUGUAUGAAGGAGAAGAUGGCUUGGUCCGUGUAGCUGACAUAAAAACAGCCAAUGGGAUUUUUAAACGACCCUUACGAUCAUUGGCCCCCCUACCCACUGAAGGCAGCAUUAAUCAAAAUCCAACAAAACAAAAUUCUACUGUCACACAAACAAGACAAACGAAUGAACCUAGUGAAGCGUUGCCAAAGCGUCGAAAGAUAUAUGAUGGCACAUCUUUAAUGAUGACCAUACUUGUGACAAUAUUGAUGAUGCCAUUAAUACUUUCGAAACCCAUUGAAGAAAUAUCAUUUCCAAACAAACCCGGAAUAUAUUUUGAAGGAAUUGGCACCGUAAAUCAAAUCAUUGGAAGAUGGAAAAUUAUCACUUACUUUGAGUUCGCGCCUAUUCGAAAGGAGAUCGAAAGGUUUCAAAAUGGCACAGCAGCACUUUAG